AUGGAAAUAAAAAAGAGUAUUUUAUUUAUUUUUUUAGUAUAUGUCUUUAAUACUAUUAAAAAAGAAGAAAAUUUAAUAAAUAGAUAUAUGAAUAAUAGUAUCAAUUAUAAAUUAAAUAGAGUAAAUGAUUUUUCUCAAAAUUAUACAAAUAAAAAGGAAUGCUUUCUAAUAGACAGAAAUUUAAUUAAUUUAAGUACUUUCUUUUUUGAUAAAUGCAUUAAAGUUUUUUUUUUGAGAAAUUGCCAUAAUGGUGAAAGAUAUAAUACACUAAAUUUAGUUCAAGAAAAAAUACUAGUCCAGAUAAAUUUGAACAACAAAUAUCUUUUGCAGAAAAAAAGAUUUAAAAGUAGUUAUAGACAAAAAUUAGUUUCAUUAUAUCUUAAUUUUAUCCACAUUGUGAUUAUUACAGUUUGUAAAAUAAAAAAGGAAAAUAGUGGGAUAGAUGGAUAUAUAUUAUGCCAUAAAAAUAAUAAAAAUAAUAUUCGUCUUUUGAAAAAAAUAAAUAAAAAUGAAGAAAAAAAUAUCAUUUUAAAAAUUACGGAGCCAUAUUAUACUAAAAUAAGUAUAUUUUUGAUCCUUUAUAAAAAAAUAGUAAAUAUUUUUUUUUCAAAAAUUCUAUUUAUUUCUAGAGAAUAUUUAAUUUUUAAAAUAAGAAAACAUAUUGUUAAAAAUCAUUUAUUUAUUCUAAAAAAGAAAAAGCAAAGAUACCUUAAUGAAGUAAGAAGUUUAGAAAGAAAUUCAAUAGAAGAUAAUAACAUUAAUAUAGAAAUAAGAAAAAAUAAAGCAGAAGAUAGUAGUAGGAAAAAAGAGAAUGCUAAAAAAAUUAAUGUAAAUGUAAGCAUAAAUCAAGAUAUCAAUGGAAACAAUGCUAUAUUAAAUAAAUUUCCUCUUUUACAUAAAAGUAUAUUACAAAAUAGAAAUAGAAGUUUGUAUAGCACAUUUAAUAAAAAUGAAAUGUAUUUAAAUUUUAGGGAUGAAUAUUCUUAUCCAUAUUUUGCACAUAGUCAAGAAUUUAUAAGAAGUGAAAAAUCACCGACAUCUUUAAGAUUAAGAGGUAAUUGGUUAAUGAAUUACCUAGAAGACGAAAUAAUUAUAUAUGACUCAUUUGAGACAUGCGGAGGAAGAAUUAUUGCUAAUGUUAAAAUAAAGAUAAAAGAAGAAUUUUAUAUUUUAACUCAUACUUUUACACCUAAUGAAAAAGGAGUAUUCCUUAUUUGUGUUAUAACGGGUAUAUUAUUCCCUAUCGGUUCACUAAAAGUUCAAAAGCAAAUAAUUGAUGAAUUUGAUUCCAUACUUAAUAAAAAUUUGAUAAUUAAAUUUAAUUGUAAUCACGAUAAUAAAUCUACCAUAGUUGCUACGAAAGAUACGAUAAAAAUUAUUGAAAUUUUUGAUAAAGGGGUUAUAUCAAAUUCAUCAGAAGUUAUAGGUUCAUUAUCAUCCAUAAAAAAAGAGAACUUUAAUUUUUUAGGAUGCUCAACAAAUGGUAAAUAUAUUUCUAUUUUAGAAAAAGAUUUAGUUAUUAUUAUUAAUAAAAACAAAGCAGUAGUGGAAGAGCUAAUCUCUCAUCAUUUAAGUAACCCAGUUGAUAUAUUUUUAGAUAAACACACUAUUUACAUCUCAGAUGCAGAUAGAAAAAAUAUUUUUCCGUAUAUUUCAAAUUUUCUGAUUAAACAAUAUUAUGAUAUUUUUUCAUUAGAGGAAAUAGAUGAAAUAACGAAAUUACUUUUAGAGAAAAAUAAUAACGGUCCAAAUAUUAAAAUUAAUGAACUGGAAGAUGAUGAUGACCAGUUAGAUGAUAAAAAAGAAAAGUAUGUUCCUCAUCAACUAAAAGAAGAAGAAAAAUAUGAUUUUGAAAAUAUGGAUGAAAAUCAAAAUUCUAUAGGAAACAUUUUCAUUCAAAUGAAAAAAACAUUUAUAUUAGAAUAUAUAAAAAAUGGGGAAAAUUAUCUUAUGAGUGAUGUAAAUGAAUUGAAUAAUGUGAUUAAUGUAAAUCCUGAAAAGGGAGAUCUAAAGGGUUUAAUUGAUGAACUUGUAACUUUAGUUUAUCCUGCAGGCGUUGUUGUAAUAGAAGACAAAAUUUAUUUUGUAGACACAGGUUUACAUAUGCUAUUCUGCUUUUGCUUAAUAAAAAAAAAAAUUAUACAAACAUUUGGAUAUUAUAACAUUCCAGUAAAAAAUAAAAAUGGCUUAGAUAAACCUUACUCCCUAUCCCUUUUUGAAACUAAUCAUGGAAAGAAAAAUCUUUUGUUUUUAAGUGAAUUAUCAAGUUCAAGAGUAUUAAUUUUUGAGACAUUUCCAGUUAUUAAAUUAUAUUUAACAUAUAAUAAUAUAGUUUUUGACAUAAUAACUUCGGUUUUAACGACUCCAUAUUAUUUAAUAGUAUGUGGAUUAAAAUAUAAUAGCGAAAAUUAUAAAAGUUACAUAACAUUUGUUAGAAUAGAUGAAUUGUCCGAUAUUGAAAUAGAAUAUGAUGAAUUUCCUCAUGUUUUUAAAAAUGGGGGAUUAUUUUAUACGACACCUUUAAUAAAAAGUGAUAAUAUUAAAAAAUUCGUAAUGAAAGAAUAUGAACAUGAUACAAAAACAGAGAUAAAAACAGGAUUAACUAUUGAUAGAAGAACUGGAGUUAUAAGUGGUAGAAUUACAGUUUCUGCAUGGUUUGAUAUUAGAUUAAUAGUAUAUGAUUUUUUUAAAUAUAAAGUUUUAACUUUUUCAAAUUCUGUAUCUACAUGCCCUAAGGGCCAUUACUUUAUAGUGAAGACUUGUGAGCCAUGCCCUGUAGGAUUUUAUUCUACUUACUCCAAUAUACUUAAUUGUACAGCUUGUGGUAGUUACAAAGCCAAUUCUACGACAUUUCAUAGUGGAACUAUUUCAAAGCAUGAAUGCUUAUGCAAACCUGGUUAUUACUUAAAAGAGGGUAAAUGCCAAAAAUGUCCUCGAGGUUUUUAUAAAGAUCAGAUAGGGGAUUUUAGGUGUCAAUCUACAUGUAAUAAUAAUCAAAUGAGUACAGUUGAAGGAGCAUCAAGCUACAAGAAAUUAAAAUGUUUUUGUAAAGAUGGAUAUUACACAGAUAAUAAAUCGAAAUGCGUCCCUUGCCCCUUACAUAAUUAUUGUCUAUAUAAUCCAUUUGCUAAAAAUAAGGCUGAUGUUAUACCUUGUAAAAAAAAUAGGUUAACCAUUAAUAGAGGAGCAGAUUCACCUAAACAAUGUUUUUGUGCACCAGGUUAUUUUUAUGAUUAUAAUUCAAGGGAUUGUCAAAUGUGUGACUUCAAAGAUUACAAAGCACAAAUUUCCAAUGAUCCAUGCAAACCAUUUAAAACUUCAUCUACUUCCACACAAGAAAUUUUAAUUAAUGAAAAUUAUGUUGAGCAUUCUAAUAUAAAGAUACGUAAUACAAGUAGCUUAAUUUUUUCACCAAAAAAAGGCUCUACAUCUUUACAUGAUGCAUACCUUUGUGAAACUGGAUAUUUUUAUAGCAUGAAUAAAUCCAUUUGUUCCAUAUGUAGGUAUAAUAACUAUUGUGAAGGGUUAGAUCGUCAAAUUAUGCCAUGCCCUCAAAAUUCGAUAACAGUAAAAUUAAAAAGUUCCAAUGCUUUAGAUUGCUUAUGUAAAAAGGGAUAUGGAAGAAUAAUUAUUAACAAAUUAAAAUCAUUUACUAUUUCUUGUGUCUUAUGCCCUUACGAUACUUUUCAACCUCAUAAUUCAUCUGGAGAAUGCAUCCCUUGUCCCCCUUAUACUUUUACGAAAUCUGUGGGAUCAACUUCUAUUACCGAUUGCUUGCCUAAAAGGGGAUACUAUAAUUUAUAUUUUGAGUAUAUUUAUUACUAUUCGAAGGAAAAAUUAAUGCAAAACAAUACUCAUUUUUUACAACAAUUCCAUCUUUAUUUAAAUGAUAAAUACAGAAAAAAUAAUAAAAGAGUAGGAAAAAUAAAGAAUAGCAAUAAUUAUGAGAAGUAUUAUGAAAAUAGAAAUGAUAAUGAUAGUAACAAAAUAUAUUAUAGUCAUAAUAAUAAAAAUUAUAAUAACAAAAAACAUUAUUACAAUAUAAUGGGAACGUAUAAUGAAAGAGGAAAAUAUGAUUCUAAUAAAAAAUAUUUUUCAAAAAAUUUGAUUUACAACAGUUAUAAAAAAAAGAAGUUUUUAAAUAAGAAUAUUAAUAAAAGCAAAUAUAUUGAUAUAGAAAAAAAUAAAAACAAAAUAAGUUUUCCAAAAAUAAAUAAUAGAAUACGCAACUUGAAAGGGCUAUAUAGUAAUGUGUUUCACACAAAUUAUCUGAAAAAUAUGCUCUUAAUGGAUAGAUACAAGGGUUAUCAAUUCCUUGAGAAAAAUGGUGAUAUUUUUUUCUUUGAUGAUAAACAAGAAUAUGAAGAUGAUAUUUUUGAUAUUGAAAAACAAAAGAAUAUGUUAAUAAUAAAAAACAUUUUCGAUAAAAGACAGAAAAGAAUCAGUUCUUCAAGGAUGACAAGACAGUUAGUGAGCAAUUCAAAUAAUUUAAAUAAAAAAAAUGGUAGAUACAAAAAAUAUGGAUAUAAAGAAUUAUAUACAUUAAAACAUAAAAUUUUAGCAAAUGAUGUCAAUAUAAUUUCGGAAAAAAAGGAAGAUAUACUAAAAAUAAUAAAAAUAAGGGAGGAAAAUUAUUCUAUAAAUACUUUGAAGGGUAUAGUUUAUGAAUGCUAUGAAAGCAAAAAGAGAAUGAUAGUAAGAAGAAAUGUAUAUAUAUCUACAAUUCCUGAAAUAGAUUUUAUAGAUUGCUUAAAUGUAUGUAUAUCAAAUAUGUAUUGCACAGGCAUAGAAAUGGAUAAAACAAUUGAUAAAGGUAAAAUAGACUUAUCUUUUAUGUUAUAUAAAAUAUCAGGAAAAGAAAUGAUUUCUUUUUAUAAAUGUAAUUUAUAUUUUUAUGAGGAACUUAAAACAUAUUAUGCAGGUAAAAACUUAAAAGAAAUAACAAAUAUAAUUGAAUAUGAUGAUACAGAUAAAAUAGUGAGUUGUAUAGUAGGAAAGAAUAAAAUGCUUAAAUUGUGGAAAAUAUAUACUUUUGAUAUAUGUCCAAAUAAUUAUAAUUGUGUAGAGGAAUCAUUUGAAAGGAGCAAAUGUCCUAGUAAUUCUUUAAAAAAAAAUUACAAAGGAACAAUAGAGAAAUGUUUAUGCUUACCUGGAUUUUAUUUUAAAAAAGAUUUAAAUUUGUGCGUACCUUGCGAAAAAGGAACUUACAAAAAUACUACAUCUAAUGAUGAAUGCGUGAAAUGUCCUGUUAAUUUUACUACAUCUGCUGAAGGUUCUAAUUCAAUUUAUGAUUGUACUUGUAGGGAGGGAUAUUAUUUUACUGGUAGUAAUAAUAUUGAAUUAAUAGAUAUAAAAAAUGAAAAAGAUGUGUAUAUAAAAAAGAAAAUUCAGAAAAAUAAUUUAAAAUUAAUUCAGCAAAACGGCAUACAAGAUAGAGAAACUAAUAUGAGAGAGCAAAAAUCAAAAGAAAGAAAGAAAAAAUUUUUAAUAAAAAAAGAUAGUGUUUUAGACUACAUGAAAUACAUGAAAAUAGAAAAUGUUAUUCGUGAACAAAAAAAUGAGCAAAAAAUGAAUAAAAAAAAUAUAACUUUCAUUCAAGAAAAAAAUAUAUAUUUAAAUGAUUCACCUCCAAAUUAUAUGAAAAUAAAAAAACAUUCUAGAAAACAUAAUAGUCAUUUAUAUUUAAAAAAUGAUAAUUCUGAUGAGUAUAAUAAAUAUAUGCGCAAACUAAAAUGCUUAAAAUGCCCCAAGAAAAUGUUUUGCCCAGGCUUGUGGCUGGAAAAAUUUGAAAAAGAAAUUCAUCAUCCUCCAAUAUUUUGUCCUGAAGGAUCUUAUAUUCCUGAAACUACUUUGGAAUCGACGGAUAUUCAUAAAUGUUUGUGUGGAAAAGGAUAUGGAUUAAAUUUAGAAAAUAAAAAAAAAACAUGUGUAAAGUGCGAGGCAAGAUAUUAUAAAGAUGUAAUAGAUAAUUCCUUAUGUGCUGGUUUAUGCAUGGAAUUUGCUACUUCCUUUGAAGGUUCUGUUAGUAAAAAACAGUGUUUUUGUACAGAAGGAAAAUAUAUGAUUAGAGAUUCUUCAAAGGAAAUGAAAUGUAUAAAUUGCUCUGAUGGUUCAGUAUGCAUUGGUGGCUUUAAAUUAAAAUCAUUAAAAAAAUUAAUUAAAAAUCAAUAUUACACUGAUUUAUGUAUUUAUGAUCAUGCUAUACCAUUUCCUAAGAAAGGAUAUUUUGCUACUUUUCAAAUAAAACAUAAAGAUUUUCUAUGGAUUCCCUUGAAUUCUCUUAAUCUUGAAAUAAAUAAUCAUGAAAAAACGGAUAUAAUAAUUAAUGAAAAAAUAAUGAAGGAUUUAUUUUAUGAAAAGUUAAAUUAUAUUACCUUAGAACCAAAUAUCAAUAUAAAUGAAAAUUCUAAAAUAGAAAUUAGCUCUAGUAGAAAUAAGUUAAACUAUUUAAAAGAGGGUAAGGUGCAGCAUCGUAUUGAAACACCUAUUUUAGUUACUGAAAAACUAGAAAAAAUAAAAUAUAAAAAUAAGUAUUUGACUAUAGAUAGAGUCCCUGAUAUUCACCUAUGUCCAAUUACAAAAAGAUGUGUUGGAGGAGUUAAUAAUUUAUGUUAUGAAGGAUCAGAAGGAUAUUUAUGUAAUAACUGUUCAAAUAAUUAUGACGUUAUUUAUUUUAGAUCUCAAUGUUUUAAGUGUAAAGGAACAAAAACAGAAUUACUAUAUUUCUUAAUUCGUAAAAUAUUUUUUUACGUUUUAAUCUUGCUACUAGUAUAUUUGAAUUAUUUCUGUUAUUUAAAAAAGAAUUAUGUACUUAUAGGAAUAUUAAAAAUAUGGUAUUUUUUUAUUAUAUGUUUUUUACCAUACGGAUUUAUACUGGAACCUAUCUCUAAUUCUCUUAAAAAUUAUAUAUUAUAUUUUCAAAUUUUGAUUAAUUUACCUCUACGGUUUAUUGGUCAUUAUUUUAAACUAAAUUGUUUUUUCAAUUCUUACAAUGGCGAAAAGUAUAUUUUUAUAUGGUAUAUUCAAAGAUUUGUAAAAAUUACAGAACCUAUAAUUGAUUGUAUUAUUUUAACUUUCAUCGUUUUUUUGAUAUAUAUUAUUUAUACGUCUUGGAAUUAUAAAAAAAUAAAUAUAGUUCAGAAAGUUAUUAAAAAACAAGUAAACAACAUGCAUAAGAAUCCUUAUUACAUGCAUGUAUCUGAUUUUUAUUAUCAUUAUUAUCAAAGACAAAUAGUUGAUACUAUAAAAAAUAAAAAUAAAAAUGUAACCUUUAAAGAAUGGGAAAAAAGUUAUUUUGUUGAUGAAUAUUCAUCGGAUGAAGAUACUCCUACGUAUUUUAAUAAAGGGGAAAUUAUUAAUAAUGAAAAAGGAAAAGAAAUACAAAAACGAAAAAACAAAACAGUGGAUACUUCUGAUUACACCGGUAUUACAGAUAAAAAUAUGUUGUCUAGUUUUGAGAGUUUUUCAUAUAAUAAAAGCUUAUUAGAGGAAAAGAAAUCUUCUAGUUAUGAAAAUAUAUAUAAUUUUAAUGAUAACUUGCUUAAAAAUGAACUACCUAAUUAUUCCGUAAAAGAAAAUAUUGCAAAAGACAAAUAUUGGACAUAUAUAUGCCUACUAAACAUCUAUAAUAUCAGGGCUUUAGGAUUAUUUCGCUAUAUACAUCCUUAUAAUAUUAGUAUAUAUAAUAAAAUAAAGGGAAUUUUUUCAGAUUUAACAUCGGUGUACAUAGCUGUUUUAUAUAUUUACUUCCCUUUUAUACUUAUUAAUUUAUUAGAACUUGUAUGGUGCCAACAAAUCCAGUACAAAAAAAGAAAUCCUAUAUUUGUUUUAUAUCACAUGCCUUCACAAGUUUGCAAUUUUCAGAAUAGAUUAUUUUUAUCUGGGGUAAUUUUUUCUUUUUUUUUUUUCUGCGGAUAUAUAAUUUUAUUUAUAACUUACAAUUACAGUACUAUGAGAAAUUUUAAAGUUUCAGGCUCAUACUCAAAUCAAUUAAAAAGUUAUUUUUUAUUUAAUGGACAUAAUUAUCAAAAUAGAUGUUGGGAAUUUAUUAAUAUAAUAAAAAUAUUUUUUGUCAUGGUUUCCUUUAUUUGCCAGCUAUAUACAAAAAGAGAUAAUAACUCUAAAUAUUUUAUUUGUUGUUGUAUAGUUUUUAUUUUAACAACAGAUAUUACUUUAAUUUUAUUAUAUUCUCCUUAUGAUAAAAGAUCUAACAAUGUAUUGCAUAAAUUAGGUCUAUCUUCCUCUUUUUCUAUCCUCAUAUCUUACUUAACUCUACAGUUUAGUUUCUUUUUUAACUUCGCUAUAAUAAAUAUAUUACCAAUCCUAUUAUUUGCUUAUUUUCAUAUUUAUACUAUAAAUAAAAUUAUACUAGAAUUUGCAAUACAUGAAAACAUUUUAAAAAGUCAAGAAAUCACAGAAAAUAUGGAAAGAACAAAUUCAGAAGAUUUACUAAAUGAAAACAACUUUUUCUUUUCUAAACAAAAGAACAAUGAAAGUUUUAUGAAUACUAAAAUAUAUAAUAACUACAAAAAAAGUAAUGAAUUAAAAAAAAAAGAAAAUGUUCCAUGUAACAAUGAAGAUAAUAAUAUUUUUGAUUUCUUUUUAAGAAUAAAUAAGAUUCCCUUUAAUUAUAUUUUUUUUAAUGAAAAAGAAGAAGAAAUAUUUUUGUUGCCAAAUAUUUUUAUGGGAAAAAAAUGUGAAAAAACAGUAGAUAAUUUAAAAGCUAAGAAUUUUAAAAUAGCUCAAACAAGAAUAAGUUUAGAUUUAUUACAUUCUGAUUUACUUUACUACAAUAUCAAAAAGCAUUCAAACAAAUCCUUUUCUAAUAUAAUUUAUUCAGACUUAAAAACAGAUAACAAUUCUAAAUCUAGGGGGAAAAGCAUGGCAAAUAAAUCAUGUAAUUUCUUAAAUAUAGAAAGGAAAUUUUCUAAAAAGAAGUAUUUAAAUAAUACUGAUGUAGAUGCUUCCGAAGAUAAUAUGUUCUCGAAAAAUGUAAAACAUUUCAUAAAUUGUCUAAUCGAAGCAAUAAAUAUUUUAUUUGUUAAUCAAUCAUAUAAUCAAAUAACAGUUGAGUGGCUAAGCUUUGUAACAAGAUUUUCUAUUUGUUUUAUACACUGGAUGAAAAACCACGAUGAAAAAUUAAUUAAUCUUGUGCCUUUAAAUAAGAAACAAUUUGAAUUAAAAAAAAGAAAUCUUUUAUUUUAUUCUCUUUUUAGUUCUUAUUCAGAAAUUUAUUCUGUGUACUUAGAUAUUGAUAAAAACAAUAAAUUUACAAAUUAUAGAGCAAAUUUAGUAAAAGCAGGAAAUUUAGAAAGUUUUUAUAUCUAUUUAAAAAAGAUGGAAAACACUUUUAAAAAGUCUAAUUCUUCAUAUAUCCAAACUUCUCAUAUCUGCAACAAUAGUAAUGAACCAAAAAGUUAUUCAUAUAGUAACUUUUUAGAAGAUGAAUUUUACAGGUGUGAACAAGAUAUAAUUAAAAUGCUAUUUGACGAAAAUAUAUUCAAAAAAUUAUCAAUUUCAUUGGUAGAAUUUUACUUUGCUAUUUAUAUGAUCCAAUUUAUUGAAAGCAAAAAGCUGUCAAUUUUAAUUUUUUUAUUUUGUGAAAAAAAAAAUCAUUUAAAUAAGGAAAAACAAUUUUUAAAACAGAUAGCAUCUAGAAAAAAGAAAAUUCAAGAUAUGAAGUAUAGUGAUAAUAAUAACAAAGUUUAUGAAUUUCUUGAAUAUUAUUAUUUAAAGGAAUCUAAUGAAAUAAUGAAAAAACAAAUUAAAGAAUUGCAAAGUUUAAUUAAAAAAAAAGAACAAAAAUUAUUAAAAAAAGAAAAAAUGAAAAAUAUAAAACUUGCACAUAUAAAUCAAAAAAACAAAAUUAGUAAUUUAAAUUCUUGUUUUGUUAAAACUUUGAAAAAGCUUUUAGAAGAACCAUCUUCAAGUACAUACGAAUCAAAACAAAAUAUUUCAAGUUAUAAAAAGGAGUAA